CUCGAAUCUCAUCCACAGCCAAGAACCUGUUUUAUUGUUCUCUACCGCAACAGAUUGAUCAACCUUCCAUCUCAAAAUGGCAACUUCUGAUGAGAAUGACAUUUACGUAGGCUGCAAAGCCUACACCGAGACCGUUAGUACUUCGUACGGGUACAUACCCUCCGAAGGCGCCGGAAUUGCGUUCUGUGUCCUCUUCGGCUUAUCGAUGAUCGUCCAUAUCGCUCAAUUCUGCUGGAAGCGAACAUGGUGGUGCAGUCUCUUCAGCAUCGGAUGCAUGGUGGAAGUCCUCGGUUGGGCCGGGCGGACGUGGGCCUCCCAAUGUCCCUACAAUUCCACCGCAUUCAUGAUCCAGAUCUCAACCCUGAUCAUCGCACCAACCUUCUUCACCGCCGGUAUCUACGUCCUGCUCGGUCGCCUCAUCCAACUCUUCGGCCGCGAAUCCUCAAUCCUCUCUCCAAAACUAUACCUCUGGAUCUUCUGCACCUGCGACGUCAUCUCACUCGUGGUUCAAGCCGUAGGCGGCGCACUGGCCUCCACCGAGUCCAACGAAGUGAACGGCAACACCGCCCCAGGCACCAACACCAUGGUCGCCGGUAUCGUUUUCCAGCUGGUUUCCGUCACGGUCUUUGUCUUCUGUGCCGUGGACUUCUUCCGCCGCUCCCUGCGUCUCGGGUACUUGCAGGGUCUCCUCCACGGUCCGCUCGCCUACCUCGUUGGCGCUAUGGUGCUGUCCGUCGUCUGCAUCUAUAUCCGGAGUAUCUACCGGACGAUCGAGCUAGCGCAGGGCUGGACUGGCUAUCUCAUCACGCAUGAGUCCUAUUUCAUUGGUCUAGACGGUGUGAUGAUGGUAAUUGCCGUUGGUGUCUUCAAUGUGUUCCAUCCCGGGUGGCUGCUGCCGGCGGAUCAUGUGCUCGCCAAGAACCAGGCUUGUCUGGAGUCGGGGGAGAUCGAGACGCAUCAGUUGCAGUCGACGACGGAGUACACGGGAUAUGGACAUCAGUGAGCGGAAGAUGUGUGCCUUGGAAUUCGGGCUGUAAUAUGCCACACUGGCAUAAGUAGCUUACCGUGGUCGUCACAUUCCUUGGCCCAAGCCAAAUGGGACUGACUGCAGCCCAUAUUUCAUAAGUGUCAUCGACACCGCUAUGAUAAGUUAAUACUGAUGAGCUAUCAAGCUGAUGGUGCUCUCUGAUACUUAGAUAUCUGGAGAUAAACUGGAAUUGGGCGUACGCAUAAAUACUUAUUUUCAGUUGUCUGCUUGAAACCAUUAUGUAUAUGUCGUAGCUAUACAGAAC